AUGGCAGUGGAUAAUGCCAACCCUGCUACUGAAGGCGUAGAAACUACUUCUAUUUCAUGCAGCGUUGUUACUAAUAAACGAACGUGGACUGACUUGUUUCUACGACGUCCUAUUGUUCCUAUAAACGAGAAUACUACUGCAGAUAACAAUAAUAAUAACGAGACUACUACUACAAGAGAUAAUACUUUAGAAAAUCAAAAUGAUAGUGAACAGACAAAUCGAAUUAACAAUGAACAGGCAGGUCCUGUCCAAUCCGAUGUCCCUGUAAGCUCAACUACCACACCUCCUAGUGGAGAUGAAAACAAUCAUGAUGGUAACAAUGCCAAUAAUAAUGAUAAUUCUAAAGGUAUAUGGGCUAAUAUUUCUACAUAUUAUCAAUAUUUGAGGAAUAUAGAAAGAGAUAACAAUAGGAAUAAUCUUACUUUGAUAGGUGACAAUGCUCGGUAUUCUCAACUAAAUAUCCAACAAAUCAAAUACCUUGAAGAAGAAUCUCUAGUAGCCAUUAAACAACAUGUCAAGACAUGGUGCUGGUUUGAGAAUUUAACGAACCUGGAUUUAGAAGAUCUAACGUCAUGGAAGGAAACACCAGGUAUUUUAAGUGUAUUUGAUACUCCAUCAGUUAAAUGCCCCGUUCCAUUAUCGAAAUAUCCAAUGGAUACACAUUGUGGAUAUCAUGUCUUUAUCAAGAAUUCGUUAAUAUUACCUUCCGAAUCUCCUAUGGAGAUAUUUCAUACUUUACCUCUACGAUCAAAAAUCGCAACUGCAGUUAAAAAUUAUUAUAAAUUUCCCAAUGAGGAACAUUUGUACUUAAAACGACAACCUCUUAUAGAAAAAGGUAGUGUGGAUUCUGAUAAACAGGACAUCAUUCAGAGGAAGAAACACAUUAUAAUUUCAAUGGUUGGUUGGUUACCCGAGAAAUAUGAAAAAUUAACCAUCGGUGAACAAAGUACCGCACAAUACUUAUCUAAGAAAUUAGCACAAUCAUUAAAAUAUAAGGACUCUGAUUGUCAAGUAUCUUCAUUAUCCUUUGAAUGUCCUCUAGAUAAUAAACCAGUAACAGAAGUCUUAAUUGAAUGUAUAGAAAUUUUAACAAAUUGGUCUCAUUUAUUUACAGAUGACGUUGAUUCAAUAUUCUUUGUUGGUGUUUAUCAUAGUGUCCCAUUAACAAUCUUACUAGCCAAGUAUCUCUUGGAAAAUAAACCCAAUAAUAAUAAAUUCCCAACCAAAAAAAUUUCCAAAUCAACUAAGAUAGGGAUCCUUGCCAUUGAGUCAUGUUUACAAGGUUAUCGGUUCUGGGAUCAUAGUACCGAUUUCAUUAAUAAUAAUACUGAAGAAGAUAACAAUAAGAUUCAACAAAAUAAAGAAAAACAAUUGUUUCAAAAUUUGAACAAACAUGAACGAGAUAUCUUAUCAAAGAUCAAAAAUUAUAAAAACAUGGACUCGGAUGAAUCUAAGUUGAUUCAAACAAAUUUACAAUGGUUAGUUUAUAAUUGUGAUACAUUUAGAUUAAAUCUUUUUGGUAAAUUAUAUGAUAAUUUUAUGACACUUUCACAAAAAUUGGCUGUAGAUUAUAAACAUUCUAAAAUAUUAAGAAAUGUUUGGUGUGAGGGUAAAUAUUUCGAAUUAGACACCAAGAAACCAGAUCUUCUGAAAUUGUCGAAUAUUCAUUUGAAAACUCCAAAAUUUGAAUCAGAUUUGGAAAUCCCAUCGAAAAGGGUUUUUGAGAUAACCUUGAUUAAUAAUUUAUUAUUGACUUUAAAUUUAGGAAAGUCUGAAUUUGUUUCUUUAAUUAAAUUAAUUAGUCCAUUUUUUAUUUCAAGAUCCUUCAACGAAAACACAAUUUCUCCUAACAUGAAAAAACAUUUCCAAAAUGAGUUAAAAAUUUGGUUACAAGAAAUGGACGAGAAAUGGAACAACAAUAACAAUAAUGCAAAUGAAAUCACCCAUCAACUUCUAAAGGAUAGAAAACAAGAUAUCGAUCCAUUGCCAGAGGAAAUUUCCACUGUGCAUAAUUUCUUAGAAUAUUCACAUUAUCAACAUAUCAAGAACCCCGAUAUCUUACAAAUAUAUGACGAUAUUUGUGAUGAUGAUUCUGUCUAUAGAAUAUUCAUUGAAAAUACUACAUUAACGAAAAAUCCAUUAAUAAGGAAACCAUUAAUUUUAUUACAUGAUACUUUUUCACCUAGUAGUAUAUUAAGUACAGUAAAUCAAUACGAUUUAGUUUGGAAAUUUCAUGAAUUUUUAUCAAGAUUUAUUCACUUAAGAAAUUUACCUGAACAAGAUACGAGAUUGUUAAUGUCGAAUUUUGCCAUAUCGUUGAAUUAUUCAUGUUCAAAAAAUUUUCAUAUAGAUAAUUUCAAUUUUAAAAAAAAUAACUCAGAAGCUAUAAAAAGAGUCAAAGAUAUUUGGGAAACGUAUCAACUUUGGAACCCAUCAACUAAGGGGUUAAAACAAUUAAAGAACGUUUUGAGUGUAUUAUCCUUGUAUACUGACUCUGAUCAUUUGAUUAAGGAUAUGAAGAGAACUUCAUGA